AAGCUCCUCCCCAAGGAAGCAAGGCCUGUGAGCACGAGAAAUGGGGGGGUACGAUUGAACGGUAGACUCGAAAGUGGAUAACUUCUACGGUUCGGUCCAUCUCUACUCGAUGGACCGACUCAAGUAAGGCUCGGAUCAGACGAAAUGUCAGAAUGCUUGGAAAUUCACUCUUUUUCUUCGUAUUGUCGUGAGGUGCUUUUGAAUCGAGCAUUCACACACACACAAACACACACAGACGAUCACGAAGUCGAAGGAACGAGCACACGUAAGUCAAAAGUGGCGAAAUCAGCCUUUGCAACGAUUUGGGCGGUGGUCGGCUUAGAUUGUGGUCUCGAGCUCGAGUAGAUAUUGGGUGGACGGAUGCGAACUCAUCAAUCUUGUGGAGAAUACGGGGGGUUUUUAGUAGACACUCGACACGCUCAUGGGGUUGGAGGAUGUGGUGUGAGAGGAUGCGUUGCGGAUCUAUGAUGCAACAACAGCACCAGCAUCACGAUGGUAAAAGUAAAUGCGAUGUCGUAGAUCACCGAGUUCAGAAUCAUUCGUACCCUGCUAUGGGCAUCAAGUCUGUCCACCCGUUUAUAUUUAUCAUACACAUAGUUACAUGGCCGGCAGGAGCAGCAGCGAGAAGGAGAAGGAGAAGGGCUGAGCAGAGCAAGGGAGAGCUCGCUCGCUCGGGGACAUCGGGAUCCGUCGAGAUGCUCGAACGACAACGAGGUCUCGAGUUUCGCCCGUGUCAUAAUGAAACAUGUCGAGCGAGACGCAGGCCCAAGGGUUUGGGGACGUGUCACGGCCAGCGGUCAGCGGUCGGACCUCGGACCUCGGCGCAAUGAAUCUGCUGCUGCGUGAAUGUGGGGCAAGAAUAUGUUGUUUGUGUACCUCCGAGGUGGGAAGUGGAUAACUGGUACGGGCCUGGCACUCACCACUCCUCACUCGAUGAACAUGUCUGCCGAGCUCACAAAGUUUCCGACCUGCAUUCAUUGAUGCCUUAUCGAUUGGCUCGGUGCAGCCCAGAGCUGUCCUGCCUCAGUUACGAUCGGUAGUUCAACUCCCUCCUUCCCUCUGCUCCGCCUUCUCUGCUGUCUGCGCUAGGACAGAAGACCAUCUCUCGCGUCCAGCUGCGGGCGGGCGCCAUCCGCAGCAUUGUAGCUCAGAGAGAGAGAGAGAGAGAGAUAGAGAUGAACUCCAGCCAGCCAAGCCAGCCCCUGGAACCAACCAACUCGUGACCUCGAGGACAUCUCUAACUGCUGCAAACGCUUUCGCUUCAUCAGUCUUCAGAGUGGUCAUAAGACCUUUCUUUGUAACCCACGACGUGCUUGUUACAGAUCCGCCGUUCCAAAUCGUGUUAAGCAUAGGCACACAACUUGCAACCAGGGUGCACCGCACUUCAUCGAGGAGACGAUGUUCUCUGGGCAUGCAUGACCCCUUCAUGUCACUCACACAUUGCUUUUCUCGAUGAAAGCUUGCGUUUCCGUUUCGCUUUAUAUUUACAAAGCCAUUUUCGGCUGAAUAUAUGUGCAGCAGAAGGCGACUUACGGCUCUUCUGGGUCUUAAAAGUAACCUGGAUUUGUUUAUUAGAUUCAGACACUUAACUAUCAAUCCUAGCUUUGGUGAGGAGGUAAACACCUCCUCAACUAAACGCAAGCGCUUCUCGGUUGCUGAAGAUGAGGAGUGUUACGUUGUGCUCAACUUAGAAGAGAGGAUGGAUGGAAGGAUGGAAUGCCAAAUGCAGAUGGUCUGGCAUCCAUGCACUCAGGCAGGCAGGGAGGUAGGCUGAGCUGAAGUGGACUUGUUGCGUAGAGUGCAUGGCAACAGAGGGACAAAGAUUUAUCCUACUGCAGGUCGAGGGGGUAAUCGACCUCUCGCAAGCAAAAACAUUCUGAAUUAUUUGACAGUACAGUGAUGAGAUGAUUCUUUCAUGUUAGGAAACGAAUGGCUUGGCUUGUCCAUUUGGCCCAGUUAUUUGACCUGCCAAGCACCAGCGAAGGUUGGGGCCGAGCAAAAGCUCAAUAAAGAAUAUGUCUGGGGCCGAGCGAAGGCAGGAAGGAACCCCAGCCACUAGGAAAAGAUGAUACGGUGUUCCAAGGUACAGCGGUGAACAUGCUUUGUUUACUCUUCAGAACACUUGACUUCCUGAAUCGACAGGACGAGAUUGUAGACCUGCCGCUGCAGAUGUUAUUAAGUGAGGAGAGAGGAGAACGAAUUUGCUCAUAGAUGCGUGUGAGGCGUGGAAAUAAACCAAUCCUGCAACUGAUUAAACCUCUGAGAGUGCAGAUGCAGAUGCUUAGGUCUGCUCUUCUCUGGUCCAGGGCGAAUUGGGACUUCACGGAGUGAAAAAGCGUCACGUCCAGAUGACUAACUGCGAUUGAAGGAAAGAGAAUACGAUGGUCUGAAGCUAAAUAUCCAAGACAAUGGAAUGAUUGUGGACAGCAAGGACUCUGGAAACUAGUUUCGUGAGGAAACAUGUAACUUGUGUGAAGCUUUGGGGAAGCAGAGAGAGAGAGAGUGAGAGAGCAUGGAUGACAUGAAGUACGACCUGAAGCAGGCUUCGGGUUCAAAGCUUCGAGAGAUGUACGCUAGGACGGAAUCAGCUCCCACAUGGCACUUUAUGACCCACAUCCAUGGUCUUCUGCUUCCUCGCCGACACGGACGAAACGCAGCGGAUGGUGCCUCGUUUUGAGGGGAAAAAGGAGCAGCAGAAGACAGUACCGUUUGAUGACCUCACCAUCGCCAUCACUAACAAUGUGACUUUCCGUUCGUCUACAGUCGCUGCGCAUGGAGAUAAGAAAAGGAGCAGAAACGAGGAUACAAGGGACAAAAGUAGAUGAAAACCGUUUGAAUCUAUGCCUCACAAGCUGAGCCCAGCACCCCGCUCUUCCCCGCACCGCACCCCCAAGGAGAGGGGGAGGAGAAGAGAAGAAUCAACUGAGCAGGUCACUUGCAUUUCGAAAGUACGCAUUGUCGAUUGCGUCUAUUUGUCUGCCUGCCCUGCCUGCUUGUCGUUCUUUGAAGCGUCCCGCAAGUCAGUCAGAGAGACAGCCAGUCAGUCGGGC